AUGGAGUCCAUCAUCAACCGCCUGCCCUGGAGAGACGUCACCUCGGCCGCCCAGGUCAGCCAGCACUUCAGCCACCACGCCACGAACCGGAUCUGGGCCGAGCUUCCCUGGAGCGACACGGAGCCGUGGGGGCUGGACAUGGACACCGUGCACCCGUCGCGCCGCCAGGUGUACGCCUCCAAGGUGCGCAGCCUCGUGCUCUCCUCCUCGCGCCGCCCGGCGGCCCCCGGCCACCACGGCCUCCGCUUCCACAACCUGCGGCACCUGCGGCUGUGCGAGUACGGGCUGGACGCGCACUCCCGGCCGCCGCUCGCGCCGUACCUGGCCUCGGACCGGCUCUGGAACGUCACGCUGGAGGACUGCGCCGUCGACGCCGCGCUGCUCGGCACCCUGGCCCCGCGGUGCCGCCGCCUGCGCGAGCUCUGCCUGGAGCGCGACCACUGGCCGGCCGCGGCGCCGCGCGAGCCGCGCCACCCGAACUGGCGCGGCGACGGCGUCUUCGUCUUCCCGGCCAUGCUGCGGAGGCUCGAGCUUCGCGCCGACACGGCGGCGCUGACCGAGGCGUUUGAGCGGCUCGCCCCGUUGACGCCGGACUCCUCACAGCUCGUCGAGGCGGUCUUGUCCCCGACGACCGUGUCGCUGCUCUCCAGCCUUGACACCACCAGCCCUGGCCGCGUCGUCUUGAAUGUCCCGCGUUGGCCGUCCUGGGUGAUUAUGGAACCGCUUCUGCUAUUCAAGCACCUCACGCACUUAUUUCUCGAGUUCAACGGCAGCAACGUCUCUCUCCGCGCACCCCAGAUGAUGUUGCUGUGCGAGUUGCCCGCCCUCACCAACAUUGGCAUUCGGCGUUGCCCCUUCAUCGCUGCUACCGCCGACGACAUUCGUCUGGAGCUUUCCGUCGCCCAGUUCACCGCCUGGAUUUCUCACUUUCCCGCGCUGCGCACCUUGAAACUCGGCGCGCGCGCGCCCGACCCCUACGAUGAGGCCCUGAUUGCGCUGGGCACAGUCUGUCGCCAGCUCGUGAACUGCCAGUGGCCUGGGCUGAUCAACUUUUCGUCGCUCCAGCUGGAUUCGCGCGAGGAUUGCCUCUUUCCGAACCUGUGGACAUUUUGCUGUCCUCACGGUGCGAGGACUUCUUCCCUCCCGAACAGAUUUCCACGAAAUAUCUCACACAUCACAGAGCUGGCCAUCAUCUUGUUUAGACACUUUCCUAUAUUAAUGCACUUUGAAAUUGAAAACGUGGGACAGGAUGAAGGGGUGAAUGCGGUUGAGCACGCAUUCAACGCUAUUACCGGAGAUAGAUAA